AUGCAAGAACUUAUUCUGCUAUCUUUGAAGCAUUUGGAAGAGUAAAAAAUGUGAGUCAAUGCAAAUAUUAUUUUGCUCAAAUGAUUUCCAAAGGAAUAAAACCUAAUGCUUAUACUUAUGGAAUCUUAAUAGCUGCAUGUGCACGAUCUGGUAAAUAUGCAGAAGCAAGUAAAUGGUUUCAUCAUAUGGUAAAUAUAUCAAAUAUACAACCAACAUUGAUAACAUAUACUAGUUUAUUGGUCGCUUGGACAAUCCAAGCGUGUUAUGAUAAACGUAUUGUGGAUAGAAUUCUUGAAGAUAUCAAAAAAUCCGGAAUAAAAUUAGAUGUUAUAGCGUAUACUGCUUUAAUGCAUGCCAAAGCUAAAACUUAUAAUUUUGCCGAGACAAUUCGUGUUUAUCAAGAAAUGUUGAAAAGUGGUAUAAAACCAAAUGUAUAUACUUAUACAGUUCUUAUUACUGCAUCAGCGAAAUUGGGUGAUUUAAAAACUUCUUUACGUCUAUUUGAAGACAUGAAAAAAGCGGAUAUCCAACCAAAUGAAUAUACAUAUUGUUCUAUAAUGGAUGCUUAUGCCAAAAAUAGAAUGUUAUCAAAAGCUUUCGAAUUUCAUAAUGAAAUGAUAUCAAAAGGAAUUAAACCUGAUACCACUUGCAUUAAUUGUUUAAUGGAUGCUUGUAAUAGGGAACGACAAGUUGAUCGAGUAUUUGAAUUAUAUAAUAAAUUGGUUACAGAUCCCAAUCUUGAGCCAGAUGAAUGUAGUAUAACGAUUUUUAUCGAUUCAUGUUCAUUUAAUAAUCGCCCAAAUGAUGGCAAGAUUUUUUUCGAAAAUUUGGUGAUUAAUCAUAAAGAAAUCUCUGAACGUAAUUUUUAUGCUUAUAUUAAUUUAUUAGGUCUACACAAAUAUAAUAAAGAAAUAUUAGAUGUAAUAAAAUUGAUGAAGAAAAGACGAGUUAUUCCAACAAAAAUGACUUUAUUGUGUGCUUUACAUUACAUUCGCAAAAUUAAGAACAAUCAAGAAAUUAAGAUUUGA